AUGACCCGUCCCAUAAUAUUCAUCGCUCAUUGCCUCGGCGGUAUCAUUGUCAAAAGCGCUCUAGCGUUGGCAUACCAUGGCGACGGCACCUACGCUACCACUUGGGUGUUUACCUACGGCAUUCUCUUCUUUGGAGUACCUCAUCGCGGAACAAAGGCAGCUACGUGGGGAAGGAUCGCCGCCGAUAUUCUUCGCCUCUACACAGGAAGUUACAACGCAUCCUUCUUGACCAGCAUAGAGGAGGGGUCUGCCUACAAUGAGAAGCUCAACGAAGCAUUCAAACCACUGCUUGGUGCCUACAUGUUCUGUAGUGUCUGCGAGACGAUUGGUGAGCCAGGUGUCGGCAUAACUCUUCCAUUCUCGGGCUACCCGACGGACAAGAAUGGAAAGUUCUAUCCGAACCGAAGCCAUACUAGGAUCUGCAAGUUCUCGAGUUCUGAAGAUCAAGAGUUCAAAAAGGUCAUGGAACCACUCCGGAUUGCUGCGAAAGCGGCUACUUCAUCGUUCGACUACAGCCCGACGCGUAACGUGCGGGAAAGACUGUUGGGCGAAGAGCUACUUGGCUCAGAGGCCUUCGGCGGUGCACGCACAUUCAUGGAGAAGCAUGAAGAGGGGCUGCAAUCCCAAAGGCGAGUUGUGAGGCUCCAAGAAAAGGCUAUUACUCUUCUCGACGAUAGGCGGGCCUGCGCUCUACAGGCCAUCGCCAUGACACGAUCAACAAGGCAUAGCGUGCCUUCUCUGACGGUGGAGAUACCAGAUCCAUAUCUUGGAGCACGCCUUAACAAUCUUGAGAUGAGGCUUCUCAAACGCGUGGAGUGGAUUCUUCGAGAAUUACAGAGCCGAAACCAAAAGCUCAUUGAAAAACAGCAGGAUCUGAGAGAGGCCGAAAAGUUCAGAGAUAACGCAGAGGGUAAAACUGAUGAAGAGAUAUUGAACAUGGCCAAAGAGCAAGUGCAGCAGUUUCAAGCUCGCCAAAAUAGUUUACCGAGCCCCGAGAAACCGCCGCGCGAGGGCUCGAGCUGCCCAUGUAUAAUUCUUUGA